GCAAAAAGUCCUGAAUCUUUAGUGCCAUUGGAGGAGGAAAACAUGGGUCUUAAGGCUCUUCCUUUGUCACCUUCACAUAAUGGGUUCCUCCCUAAGUUGGGUGUUUCACAGAACUGGUCUAAGCAGAGAGUUCAGAGUCUUGAUAGGACCUCCAGAUUCAGUGUAGUUUCAGCCAAAGUAGAGAAGGGUAACAAGGAAGAAGAGCCCAAAAAGAGGAAGCAGAAUCUGUUUGAGAGUGUAACAGAAGCAUUGGAUUUUUCUCAGGUUAGGUCAGAAGAAGAUGCCAUGCUUCUUGAUGAUGCUAGAGAAGCCACCAAAUCUGGAGGUAAAAUGAGCAAGGAACAGUAUGGAGCUCUUAGAAGGAAAAUUGGAGGGACAUACAAAGACUUCUUCAAAUCCUACGUUGAUGUGGAUGGGCAAUAUGUUGAAGAAGGUUGGGUGGACAAAACUUGCAAAGUCUGCAAGAAAGAUACCAAGGGUGAAGCAAGGCAAGUGGACAAGUUUGGAAGAUAUGUUCAUGUAGAAUGUUUGGAGAAAUCCAAAUCUGGAAACUUUUUUACCAGACUCUUCUCAUUGUAACACUACCUUUUUUUUUUUUUUUUUCAAA